AUGCCUAAUAAAAAAUCCAAUAAACGUCUUUUAUCUGAUAAAGAGUCUUCUGAUGGAGAUAAAUGCCAAGUAGAUGAAAUUAAAAGUUUAAUGAUGAUCAUUGCAAGAGGAAAACAAAAGGAAAUAGACAUAAAAGACACAAUAAUUGAUUGGACGAAUGAUGAACCUGACUCUUCGAAAAACAUGGCUGAAAAGGCUUAUUCAUCAAAGUCAAUUUAUAUCACAAAUUCUGCUUCUGAACAAUAUAAUGAUAGAGGUAAAAGCCAGAAAGAACAUUUGAUAAUAGGCCUCAAUUGGAAAAAUCACGAACACGAAAAAGAUGACUCGAACUUAAAAGAAAUCUUUCCAAUCAGGCCAACGAAAAUUGGUCAACCAAAAAAUUAUUCUGAUAGUACAAAAAUCAAUCAACAAAAAAAUGUUUCUGGUAGUGAAUGGUAUAAUCAAACAUAUAAUCCACGAACGCCACUGUCAUCAACAGAAAGAAUUUCUAAAUCAAAAAAGAAGCAUCGAGUGAACCGACAAUGA